CCGCCCCCACACGCGCUUUCGCUGCACCAAAGCGUCGUGUGAGCUGCUACUUAACCUAACCAACCCCCACCGCCAAAGCCAAACCAUUCCCCCCGUUCCUGAUUCCAAUUCCAACCAGCCCAUCCCCCUUCGACCAUACACACAGAGCGGAGGCGAAGGCAAGAGCAAACAGAGUAGCCGCCGCCGCCGCCGUCGUCGUCGUGUGUUGAGCAGGGUUUUGUUUUUACGGCUUAGCUUUGAGCAGCAGAGAUGUUGCGAGCGCUGGCGGCGAGGUGCUGCGGCCACUGGCCGCCGGGCGCCGCGGCGGCGGACGGGAUGCUGUGGCAGGCGGAGCUGCGGCCGCACGCGGCGGGGGAGUUCUCGAUGGCCGCGGCGCAGGCCAACCUGGCCAUGGAGGACCAGGCGCAGGUGCUGGCGUCCCCGGCCGCCACGCUCGUCGGCGUCUACGACGGCCACGGCGGGGCCGACGCAUCCCGGUUCCUUCGCUCCCGGCUCUUCCUGCAUGUCCAACGCGUCGUGCAGGAGCAGGGGGGCAUGAGCGCCGAGGCGAUUCGGAGCGCGUUCGGCGCGGCCGAGGAGGAGUUCCAUAGGCAGGUGAGGCAGGAGUGGAGGAGCCGGCCGCGGCUCGCUGCCGUGGGCUCCUGCUGCCUGCUCGGGGCCAUCUCCGGGGACACGCUGUACGUGGCCAACGCCGGCGAUUCCCGCGCCGUGCUCGGCCGUCGAGUGCCCGGCGGCGGGGCGGCCGUCGCCGAGCGGCUCUCCGCCGAGCACAACGCGGCGUGCGAGGAGGUGCGGCGCGAGCUCGCCGCGCUCAACCCCGACGACGCGCAGAUCGUUGUGCACGCCAGGGGAGCCUGGAGGGUCAAGGGGAUAAUUCAGGUGUCGAGAUCCAUUGGCGAUUUUUAUCUCAAGAAACCGGAGUAUAGCCUGGACCCCUUGUUCCGGCAAGUUGGGGCCCCUAUUGCGCUGAAGAGGCCAGCUCUCAGCGCUGAACCAUCAGUUCAAGUACGCAAGCUGAAACCAAACGACCUGUUCCUGAUAUUUGCUUCAGAUGGCCUUUGGGAGCACCUCAGCGACGAUGCUGCGGUGCAGAUUGUCUUCAAGAAUCCGAGAACUGGGAUAGCCAGCAGACUGGUGAAGGCUGCCUUGAAGGAAGCGACCAGGAAGAGGGAGGUCAGGUACCGUGAUCUGAGGACGAUCGAGAGAGGGGUGAGGCGGCAUUUCCACGACGACAUCAGCGUCGUCGUGGUCUACCUCGAUGGCCACCGCGAGCGCCGCCACACCAGGGUCGUUGACUCGAGCAGCAACUGCACCAGUGCGCCCGUCGACAUCCACUCCUCCAACUCCCGCUAGUUUCCGGAGCCCCUUGCAACGCGAGCUGAACUCUGGGUGGGAGGUGAGGUGGGUGCAGCCGUAGCCAUCGGAAUCGGAACAAGUCGAUAUGUACAUAGGUAGGAGUGGGUGCGUGGCAUCUUGAUGCCGGAGAAGAUCAUUUGGUCUCGAAACUACUUAGCACAAGUGGUUAAUGACUGCAUUUUUCUUGUUUCUUUUUGUCUGAAACCAGCAGCAAGCCCGUCCAUUGGAUCGGACUUAUUUUUAAGGUAAGAAAUAGUUGAUGACGAACUGGAGGUUGGUUAAUGGAGACCAAAGAAUAUAUGCUCUGCUCAGUGCUCAGGAUCAUAGAAUUUAGGUUCCGGCCUGAGAAUAUAUACUCUUUGCAACGGAUGAGAUGCUCUUAUUUCAUUUAGCAUCGUUUUUUUUUGUCGGAAA